AUGAGAAGGGUUGAUGGAGUCGCUUUGCUCAGUAGAGCCGUCGUCUGUAUGGGUAGCUCUACCGCAGUCGGCGGCGCAACUCAACAGCGGCUGGUUCAAGCUGCGAUGUUGAGCACUUGCUCGAAUUCGAAUCCGCUGUGGUUCACGCGAAGACUCGGCGAUCACUUCGGCCUAUCGAAACCCUCUGUGGCCUGCAUUGCAGGAGGGCAUGUGUGCUUCUCUUCGAACGCCACGUCUCUGGCUCAAGAGAUGCAUGCCCAGGACAAGUUCCUCCCCAAGGACGUCGAGCUCUACCAGUACGAAGCUUGCCCUUUCUGCAACAAGGUUAGAGCAUUCUUGGAUUACUAUAAAAUUCCAUACAAAGUUAUGGAGGUUAACCCCAUCAGCAAAAAGGAGAUUAAAUGGUCUGAUUACAAGAAGGUGCCGAUACUGAAAGUUGAUGGUGAACAGAUGGUUGAUUCUUCAGAUAUAAUCGAUAAGCUGUUCCAGAGGAUCAAUCCUGAGAACAAUGUCAUAAAUGGUGAAGAAGAAAAGAAGUGGCGUGGGUGGGUGGAUAAUCACUUGGUGCAUGUUUUAUCACCAAACAUAUAUCGAACUGCUUCCGAGGCUCUCGAGUCAUUUGACUAUAUCACCAGUCAUGGAAAUUUCAGUUUAUAUGAAAGGAUAGUAGCAAAGUAUACUGGAGCUGCAGCUAUGUAUUUUGUGUCUAAGAAACUGAAGAAGAAACACAAUAUCACCGAUGAACGUGCAGCCUUGUAUGAAGCCGCAGAAACCUGGGUGGAUGCUCUUGAAGGGAGACAAUUUCUUGGUGGGUCAAAUCCUAAUUUAGCCGAUCUUGCUGCAUUUGGUGUUUUGAGGCCCAUUCGGCACCUUAAAUCUGGCAAAGAUAUGGUGGAGAACACACGGAUUGGUGAAUGGUACACUCGAAUGGAAAGUAAAGUGGGAGAGUCUGCUAGAAUCGAGGCCUAA